AUGAAUAUGAUCUAAUAAUCAAUUGAAAAUUAAUUUAAAAAGCAUUUUAAAGAGAAAUAUGAGAAAUAAAUAUAGAGCUAGAUUAAUCUGAGUAAUAAGUAAUCAGUGGUAAUUCUCUGCAGUGGCUGCUACUGUCCUCCACAUUUAGGUCACUAUUUUAUGAUGCAAGAAGCAGUUAUUUAGCUAUAAAAAAAAUAUAAUUAUAAUGUCUUAUUGGGUAUCUAUUCAGUAGCAAAUGACUAAUAUAUGCAAUCUAAAGUAAAGGAUUUCUAAAUGGAUUUUGACUAAAGAAAACAAGAACUUGAAUUAAUUAUUUAGGAAAAUUAAGCAUCUUCUAAAACUUCUUAAAAAAUACUAGUUGAUGAUUUUGAAAAGAAUAAAAGAUUUAUUGACUAUCCUGAAUUAUGUCUUUUGUAUAAAAAUUGCUUGAAUCAGUUAAAUGUUAAAUUGAUUUAUUGUGUCGGUAGCGAUUUACUUAAAUAUUAAAUACAUAAAUAAUUCAAGUAAUUUGCAGAUUUGCUCAUUAUUUUUGAGAGAGAGUAAAUGAAAGUAGAACAGAAUAUUGCAAACAAAGAUGACAUUAUUGUUUUGUAGAAUCAGGAAACUACAAGCAUAAGUUCCACAUAAAUUAGAAGUAUUUUUGAUAAAUUUGAUAACUAAUGA